AUGCGGGCCUCCUGCUGCUCCUUGGACAUUUCUGACCGAGUCUCCCCUCUGCCCAGAGCUCUCUCCAUCGCUUACUCCCUCCAGCCUCUGCUCUCAGGCGAACUGGGCACGGUGCACAGCCAGUGCCACACCCAAAGUAAGCGCACUGUUCACGCGGUUUCCAACUGGCCAGUGACUUCUCUUGCGAUGAAGAGCGUGCAUUUUUCGGCGGCGGAACUCAAACUUCUAAAAUACACCAGCGCCGCAAAUAUUCAGAAGGCAGGAACUAACCCAAAAGCAAAAUUAGGAAGGCAGGAGGGAGGGGAGGAAAAGAUGGAAGGGAGCGAAGGAGGAAGGGCUUUACUCGGUGCCCAGCGGCAUUCAGAGGCUCUCGCCCCAGGUAGGUCCCAAGCAGAGCCUGGCGUCCCGGCGAACCCAGCCCGCCCCUCCCCCACAGGCCCCAGGAGCAAGGGAAGUUCCGCCGAGACGCGCAGCACCUGCCCGCGGCUCCCGGCCGGCGGCGCGGACCGGCGGGGCGGGAGGCCGCACUCACCUGGCACACAAAGGCCGCGCCCGCCUCCGGAGGGAGGAGGCGCUCGCAGGUCCGGGGGCCUCGGCGGGAGCGGCGACGGGGAAUUCCAGCGGCACCGGAGCCCCGAGCUUACCCACCGCCCCGGGCGGCCUUCUCCCCACCUCCCGCUGCCCCCGGGGCUCUAA